GGUAGACAAAUCCUAAAUAAAUCAUAAUGGAGAAAUUAAUGUGAAAAUGUGAUGUGACCUCUACCUCUUAAUAAAAAAUAAUAAAUGAUACUAAAUAAUAAAUAAACUGAUACUCUCAUUUAUAUCCCACACAACAGAAACAUUAUUGCUUGUUAUUAUUCUUACUAUAAUCUCAAGAGUGUCAGAAGAGCCCAUAACGGCACGAUACUUCAGUUUAUUCUUAAACUUAAAGCAUUCUGUCUGCGUCACGGCGAGUCGAUGGAAAGAGCGGAGCGCGAGUGUGAUUGUUCUGUGUUGUGUGGCACACAAUGGCAGGGUUUGACCGGUGAGUGACCGCAGCAGCAGUGAGGCUCUCUCAGUCAGAACACAUCCGAUGGAGGCCUGAAAUCAUUCCGCUGAUUAUGAAAUCUGCUAAUAAAAUGUGCAGAAUUGUGCUGUGGGAUGAUGGAUAAUCAACAUAGAAGAACUGUUAAUAUGGCCUCGAGUGAAGCUGAUCAUCCUCUGUGUAACGAGGAGCCUCAGCCUGGAGACCUGAUCGAGAUCUUCAGACCGGCCUAUCAGCACUGGGCUCUUUACCUCGGAGACGGAUACAUCAUCAACCUCACACCUGUCGACGAGAGUCCGGCCACAGCCGUGUCCAGUGUGAAGUCUGUGUUCAGCCGGAAGGCCGUGGUCCGCAUGCAGCUCCUGAAGGAGGUUGUGGGAGGAGAUUCAUACCGGAUCAAUAAUAAAUAUGAUGACAAUCACACGCCGCUGGCCGUGUCUGAGAUCAUCCAGCGAGCGCAGCUGCUCAUUGGUCAGGAGGUGUCUUAUGACCUGCUGGGAAGCAACUGUGAACACUUCGUCACACUCCUGCGCUACGGCGAGGGAGUCUCUGAGCAGGCGUCGCGGGCCAUAGGCGCCAUCAGUUUAGUGACGGCCGCAGCGAGUGCUUUCUCAGUGCUGGGACUCAUCAACACACGCUCCAGAAACAGACCCUUCUAGAGCCACUCGAGAACAAUCUCAGCUUUUCAUUCAGACUGCAGGCAGCUGACUAAACAGCUUUCACCAGUUAAAUGUCCUCGAUGUACUCAUCUUUAGGUUGAAAAGAAGUUGUGUUGAAAUGAAAUGAACUCUUGCUGUGACAACUUGAUAUGGUAUUCAAAGAACUGAAAUAAAACUGUAUAGUAGUAAACUAGGAUUUUGUCUGUAUAAAGGAAAUAUUUAAUUUAUUUUUAAUGUAACUAAUAAUAUUAGUGCUGUCA